CUUGCUUUGUUUGUGCGCUCGCACUGCUCGCAAUAGCGUAGUCUGAGCGUGGUUAGCUUGAGGAGAAAGCAGCAGCAGCCGACGUACGCACCCGACUAUGUACUUUUUUUCAGUUUCCAGCAAAUAAUAUUUGCAACGACGCCUGUGAUUUCUAAUGUGCAACGGUGUGCUGUGCAGCUCGAAUAUGGGUUAUAGAGUGCCGCUACAGCUGUUACUUCAGUGAAAACGUUAUAAUGUGUAGUCGAUAUUACAGUUAGGACUUUACCUAUUCUCGGCGCGAGCGUACGGUGUGUCUUAAUUAGCCUGUGCGGGAAAAAGAAAAAACGAAAGAAACGCAAGAGAAUACCGAUCCCACACUUAUGUACUUGAGAGAUUAUACAAGUGACAAAAUGGAUUUUCGUUAUAAUGUAAACAACAUUUUACCAAAAAGAAUCAACAAAAUUACACACACCUUAUUGCCAGAAGGUUUUAGAGCAGCAGACCGUAGAGAAUUUAACGACUGUCAGAGGUUACUUACUAGAAUCAUUGAUGACAUGGGUGAGGCUUCUGCAAAAGCUCAGAGCCUCAAUAGAGUUAUAACAAAUGCUAUAAAGCUUCGUGACACAGACCACAUUCUUUAUUUAAUGGUUGAGAAUGACGGUAACAAAAGUCUUGGAAGUGUAGUGGGUCUUUUGAAAACUGGUUCCAAGUCAUUAUUCAUGUUUGAUGAAAAUGGUGAAUACUAUCAACUUAAGCCUCGUUGCAUACUGGACUUUUAUAUCCAUGAGUCUCGUCAACGUAUGGGUCUAGGAAAAGAGCUUUAUGAGUAUAUGCUUAAAGAAGAAAAUAUAAAACCUAUAAAACUAGCAAUUGAUAGACCAUCUGAUAAAUUCUUAGCUUUCCUUAAUAAGCAUUAUGGACUCAAAUCUAUAGUACCACAAAAUAAUAAGUUUGUAGUAUUCAAAGGAUUUUUUAGUGAUGAAGCUCAAGAAUCAGAAAUUAAUAAUCCUUACACCUCAUUAUCACCAAAUAGACAAUACACUGAAAGGAUUCAAACAAUGAGAACUCCUGAUAUUCAAAGUACAAAAACUGAAAGUAUUAACGGGUCGCCAGUAACACGCAGUGCUUUUGGCAGAUAUGCCGCGCCACGACCAGUUUGCUCCAUGGGCAAUAUAAUACAUAAUGCUAUAGCUGAUCAACCAGAACGGUCGAGGUGUGGUAAUUUAUGAUCCAUCCGUGAUUGUAAUUAUUUAAGAAUUUGCUGACGGUAGAUUUUUAUAUUGGAUAUUUUCUAUGAGAUUUGGUUAACUUUCAAAACACAAAUCAUAAAUAUUCAGUACCAGGAAAUAUAAAAAACGCACAGUGAUAAAACGUUUUUUUAAAUCAAUCUUCGUCGUAAUCUGAAAAAGAAUUCAUUAUUGUCUAACUUUCUUAAGAAAAACCAGGUCAAAUAAUGUUUUCAUUGUUUAUAAUUUUAUAGAAAUUUUUAUAAAAUGACCAAUUAACUUUAAAAAAUGAGCUUAAUAUUUGUACAGCUAAGAAGUUGUUUUACAAACAGUGACUUUACAUAUGAUAUUUGGCAUUGUUCUUUCAAAAUAUCAUCAAACUAUCGUGAGCUUUUAAUGUAAAAAUAAAUUUUAUUAAAAAUGGUACGACGGACCGUUCCGUAUACUUGACGACGUAAAUAUUUUAUAAAGUAUAACCUAUAUGUAUAUUACUAGCACCAGUAAAACUUUGUGAUGGGCACAAAUUGAGUGAAAGUUUCGCUGUUAAUUCUUAAACAUUUUAUUAAUUUUAGUAUUAAUCCGAAAACACGUUAUUCGUUCAAUUUUGAAAAUAUAUUUUCGAUAAAAAAAGACUAAAAUUUCAACAUAUAUACUUCGGUUCGAUAUGAAAUAAAAUUUUGAUUUUUAUAAAUAAAACUAAAAUGACGUAUAUACAAAAAUGUACUCACAAAUAAUAAUUACUUCAUCAUUUUUUAUUUUUUUUUUUGUUUACUUUCGAUACAUUUUUAACGCGUGUGUGAACGUGUUAAUUCAUUUUUUUAUCCGACAUUGAAAGAAGAAAAAACAAAUAUAUAAUUCCACAUAUUUAUUUUAUUUUAUUUAUCACCGCAUCGUAUACUUUGUUACAAUAAUUGUUCAUUAAAAUUUUAUGCUUAAUUACUUGUUUCGUUUCUUUCAUUUUACACCCUUUAAUCAUAUUUUUCUGCACUAAGCACUAAAAUGUCCGUGUUUGUAUUGUACUUACGCAUGUUUCGUUUCAAUGUAAAUAUGUAAAUAGUUUGCUGUGUUUCGUUGUCGAAAAUAAAGGAGCUUUUCUGUUCGUCCUUGCUCCACAGCAUCAGAAUCAAAAAA